AUGAAGAAAGAAGAAUCAAAUGAAUUUGAAUAAAUUCCUUUUAAAAUUGGAAAACAAUCCUCUCCAUAACCUAUAGGCAUUAUUAAAAUUGAAAAUGAGAAAGUUUGGCUUUCAUUUAAAAAAAACAAUCAUUUUAAACCAGAUUCUGCCAUACUUCCUUAUCAAAUUGUUAAAUAAAAUUACCCUGAUUUAGUAAUGUUAUCGUUGUUAUGAGGUUGCAGAGAGAUUACUGUAUGAAAAAUUGAAAUUUGUUGGUAUUACCUAAAACACAGAAAAUUAGGAAUAAGCAUGCAUUUUUGAUUUUAAUGGUAAGGAGUGUUUGGUUAAAUGGCUUCCGUCUUAACUAUUUUCUUGGAUACCAGUUGCACAAGCAGAUCCAUUAAAUCUACUUGAUUUUCUUGAAACAUUAAAAGUUUAUAAAAUUUAUUGA